UCGGUUUGGCUGUCACCCUCACUGCUGGCAGGUUUUUGUGCGUUUAGUUCGGUUAGUGCGAGAGAAUGGCUCAACAUUUCGAGCAUGUGAAAGUGGGGCUUAUUGUGAAAAUUCAACGCAGCAAUGGGAUGAUACAGGAUGCAAGUAUAACUGAAUUAUUUACAGAUAAGUCCAGUGUAAGAGCUGAGUGGCUAGAGGGCAGCUUAAGUAAGGCCAAAGAGAUUGACAUUGAAAGCUUACUGUCGUUAAAUCCUAAUUUAGUAGAAAAAAUGCCACCUUCAAACCUGCCAAGAAGAAACUCUAGGGUCCCAAGACGUGAAUCUGUUCUCCCAAGGAAUGGGAUUGCAAAGGAAAUACCACGCUCCACUCGUUCAAGAACACAAGCCACAUUGGAAAUGCAAAUUACGCCCAAUUCUAGACUAUCAGAAGUAGAACCUGUAAUACACAAGACUCUUGCAACAGGAAGAAAGUCUGUAUGUGUAAGAGAAACUGAAAAGCUAAAGAAACAACGUGAAGAUCGGAGAACUCAGUUACAGGAGAUAAGAGAAAAACGUGGACAGGAAUAUGAUGCUAGCAAUCCAAACUGGGAAUUCUUGAAGAUGAUUACAGAACUCCGAGCUACUUUAGACUCCUAUCAACUUCUCUCUCAUUCAGAUCCUGUUGAGCUUCACAAAAUUUGUGUGUGUGUCCGAAAGCGGCCUCUCAGCAAAAAAGAAAAGUUAAAAAGAGAGAUUGAUGUGAUUACCAUCUCUGGCAAAAAUGUUGUUCUGGUGCAUGAGCCAAAGAUGAAGGUUGACCUCUCAAAAUACCUGGAUAACCAACCCUUCAGAUUUGACUAUGCCUUUGAUGACUUUGUUACAAAUGAGGAGAUAUACAGGUUCACAGCAAAACCCUUAGUACGGACCAUCUUUGAGAGGGGAAUGGCUACCUGUUUUGCCUAUGGACAGACUGGAAGUGGCAAAACUCAUACGAUGGGUGGUAAUUUCUCUGGGAAGAACCAAGACUGCUCAAAAGGAAUCUAUGCUUUUGCAACUCAAGAUGUGUUUUUACUGCUUGAACAGCCUCGAUACAAGGAUCUCAAUCUGAAAGUAUCCGUAAGCUUUUUUGAAAUCUACAGUGGUAAGGUGUUUGAUCUCUUGAAUAAAAAAACUAAGCUGCGUAUAAUGGAAGAUCAUAAACAACAGGUACAGAUUGUAGGUCUCUGGGAACAGGAUGUCUUUUCUGCAGAUGAUGUGGUCAAGAAUAUUGAUAUGGGGAACAAUUACAGGACAUCUGGGCAAACAUCUGCAAAUAGCAACUCUUCUAGGUCCCAUGCAGUAUUCCAGAUUCAUCUUCGGAGGAAUCAUGAACUUUACGGUCAGUUUUCUCUCAUUGAUCUGGCUGGAAAUGAGCGAGGUGCUGACACUAGCAGUGCAGACCGACAAACCAGAAUGGAAGGUGCAGAGAUUAAUAAAAGCCUACUUGCCUUGAAGGAGUGCAUUCGAUCACUUGGGCAGAAUAAUAACUAUACACCAUUUCGAGCAAGCAAGCUGACCCUAGUUCUCAGAGAUUCGUUUAUUGGUGAAAAUUCGAGAACUUGCAUGAUUGCAAUGAUCUCACCGGGAUUAAAUUCUUGUGAACACACAUUAAAUACAUUGAGAUAUGCAGACAGGGUGAAAGAACUUGGUGUUGAGGAGGUUUCCGAUCAGCCAGUAUGUUCCACAAUACCUGAAGAGCAAGGAUUCAAUGAAUCCUUGGAGUCUGACAUUCGGUUGCUCUGUAAGGAAAAUGAGGCACCAUCAAAGAUUUGUGACUUGCAUGUAGAUGUUGCUCACAUAAUUGAACUAGAAGAGCAAGUGGUGGAUGAACAUCGUGAAAUUCAACAGAAACUGCAUUUGUGGAUUGAUGCAGAUGACAAACUCCUGGAGAUGACUCAGCUACCUGAUUAUAAUGUUGAAAAUUACGCCAACAUAUUGCAAACUUACAUGGAUGAGAGGAUAGAAAUAUUUCAAGAUUUUAACAAAAACCUGAAAGCCUUGAGACAAGCUUUGCAGAAGGAGGAACAAACUGCCAAAACUCAAGGCUGAAAAGUCAUCAGCAUCAAUUUGUGAAUCUGAAAUUUGUUAAACGUACUUGCAUUGUAACUGUGUUGACCACCGAAUUCAACUGUCAUUCGCCCAGGGGCCACAAAGUGUGCAUGUGUUCCUCUUUACUGUUUCUGUCCUUACAAACUUCUUUCCAAAUCUUUGUCUAUAUGAAUUUUCUUAAAUUGUACAGAUUUAUAUCUAGUAUGCUUGAACUGACUUUGUCACACAACUAAAGGAAGAAGUAUGCAGACAAAGCAGUGCAGGCUUAAUUAGUUUUUUGAGAUGCAUUGAUUUCUCUAACCCAUUUCUCAAUUGCCUGUGAAGAAAUUACCUUGGAGUUUUUAAGUACUACAAUGGAAUUGCUGUAUCCCUUGCCCUUUUUCACCAUCCUCUCCCAAAUGCUCCAAGAGACCAAUUUUAAUAUGUUGGUAUUGUGGGACUGUGUAUUUAAAACAUACAACGUUUUCUAAGUUUAACAAUGUCUUUUUUAUAAUUAUUCUAAUAGAAUACACUACCUACUUUGUUUCUGAAUUUAAUGAAUAGUGGGUUUUGUAUUCCAUUUUCAAACCAAGGGUCAAUUCACUAUGCAUAUUAAAUACAGAAUGGUAGUAUUUAACAAACUUGGUAUUCCUUUGUUACACUAAAACUUUUGAAUUGUUGAUGGACUUUUAGUUUUUUCAACCAGCUGCCAGGAUAUUGUAACUCUUGCCUUUGUAUAAGCAAAAAUUUAAGCCCUGGGUGCUACCUGUGUCAACUGAAGUGAAACAUGGCAAUUUUGAAUUGUUCUACUGUAAAGGCAAAGUAAGCUUCUUUUGCUUAAAAUGUGCUUAACUUGUAAGUGAAAGCAUCUCAUUCACUUUUUAAAUCCUGUUCAGAAAUGGAGUAGAAGGAAGGGCAUCAUAGAUUUUUGAUUCUGAAAAGUUUUUUUAUGUUAAAAAAAAAUUAGUUGAAGUACUGAAUUAAGGUUUUCUUCAUUUAUCCCUAAAUGAUUGCAGUACUGAAGUGGAAAAGCCAAUCCCAAGAUGUUGGGGCAUGGAGAUUCAUUGAAUUGAAGAAUCAUUAUAUUGUAAUAUUUAAUAAAGAAAUUAAAAGCCAUGCAAACCAGUUGAUUGUUUUUAUAAUUUGUA